AUGGGUUCUUCAAUAGAGUGUUUUGAUCCUAUUGUAGCAAGAUCUGGUUGUGAUUUGAUUCCAAUUAUGGUGUAUGGAAGAAAUAUUUCUGGUCAAGAGUUUGGAGGAAUGUACUGUGUAGUUUUAACUGUGAGGAGUAUAAUACCUUUCUUCUGCAAAUGCAUCCAUCCACACAGGUCUAUUGUUGUAUCAGCCGAUCUUCUUAGGAUAUUUGGUCGUGAGGUAGCCGAGCUUCCCAUAGUGGCGACAACUAGAGAACACCAAGGGAAAGGCUAUUUCCAAGUAUUAUUUUCAUGUAUAGAGAAGUUGUUGGUUUCCCUGAAUGUGGAAAACAUUGUGCUUCCUGCUGCUAAGGAAGAAGAGUCAAUCUGGACAAACAAGUUUGGAUUCACAAAGAUGAGUGAUGAUCGACUGUCAAAGUAUAUGAGAGAGGUGCAGUUUACAAUUUUCAAGGGAACAUCCAUGCUGGAAAAGGCAGUGCAGCAGCAACAACACGUAAUAAUACCACCAGAAUAGCUUAGCAUACAUUGAAAGAUGGGGUUCCUCACUUGGUUGUCUACACUGCAUUCUUUUACUUCUCAGUAUCUUGUUUUGUCCUUGCUAUAAUCCUCACAUCACAUUCCUUUACUACCCUGUGCUGGACUUACUGAAAUCAUCAUUCAAGGCUUAUAUGUUGAAUAUUUAAGACUACUUGAGUACUUUAAGAACAUUUUGUUGUUGAUGACAGUGUUGAAUGUUUUAAACUAAUUUGUGGAUUGUUAAUAUAAUG